CUUCUUGAUAUUAGGGUUGGUCUCGAUAUCUUGGAUCAUUUUUCGCAUUCGUUUGCUUUAGGGUUUUGAAGAGCGCUGGUGUGGAUGGCGAUGCCUCGGUUUUACGCAGGUGUAUACGAGAUGGUGGAUGAUCCAUCACUGGAUUCAAUAAUCUCAUGGAGCAAAAGCAACAAGAGUUUCGUCAUAUGGGAUCCGAAAGAGCUAGUCGCAAAAAACAUUCUCAAGAGAUUCGUUCGCAACAAGUUGUCACAUUUUAUCAAAGAUCUUGAAUCCCAUGGAUUUGUAAAAAUUAAGGGGUCUGAUGAGCACUUGGAAUUUGGACAUGAGCAAUACUUUGUGAGAGGUAAACCUCAUCUUAUGAUUAGGUUGCGUUACCAAGCUGCCUCGGAUAGGAGGAAGAGAGCUAUCAAGGCAGCCAAAGCUAGAGCAGCACAAGCAGAGAAGAACGGCUCUGUGGGAGAUCAACCUUGUCUCGAAGAUGUACGUAUUAGGUUCGACCAAAUUAUGGGACAUUCAACCGAAGCUAAAACGCCACUGGAGAGUAGCUUCCGACAUCUACAAAUUUGAUCACAUCACAUGUAGCACUUGACAUGGGGUUUGUUCUUCUUGUUUCAGUUGCUUGAUGAUGGCUUUAUUAAAAUAAUAAAUAAUAUUAGAAAAGGAUACAUGUAUUUCUUCUUGACCAAUAUUUGAUCUAUUGCU